AAUUAUUUGGGGCUUGGAACCGUGAAUCUAUUUCAUAGAUAAUAGUGUUUGAAAAUACGUUUUCAGCGAGAAGUUCACCACCCCCGCCGCAUUCCACUUGCACCAUACUUGCUUUUCAGACCAGUCCCGACCCCAGCUCAUUCCUCCGGCGGUCAGACCGGCGACACGGAUGUCUGCCUUCAUAGCCAUCACAGAAGAACGAAUCCCUCUUCUUCAAGCCGUUCAACAAGAAGAGAUCGUCCCUGCAUCACCGUUAAACGAACCCGAUGGAACGACGCCUAAUUCCUCCGCUCAGAGUCAACGGCUUGUCUCUCUCGACGUCUUCCGAGGUCUCACCGUCGCGCUGAUGAUAUUGGUUGACGAUGCCGGAGGAGCUUUUCCAGCCAUUAAUCACUCUCCGUGGUUCGGGGUGACGCUUGCGGAUUUUGUGAUGCCUUUCUUUCUCUUUGGCGUUGGUGUUUCUAUUAGUUUGGUAUUCAAGAAAAUAUCUAGCAAACCAAAAGCUACAAAGAAAGUCAUCCUGAGGACCAUCAAGCUCUUUCUCUUGGGCUUGGUAUUGCAAGGUGGGUAUUUCCAUGGGCGUCAUCAUUUAACUUAUGGGGUUGACGUGGGCAGGAUACGUUGGUUAGGCGUGCUUCAGAGAAUAUCAAUUGGUUAUCUGCUGGCUUCAAUUUCUGAGGUUUGGCUUAUUGACAAUAUUGUGGUUGACUCAACAGCGGCAUUUGUGAGGAAAUAUUACAUUCAGUGGUUGGCUGCUGUGUUACUAUGCUCAAUUUACAUGUCUUUGCUGUAUGGCCUCUAUGUUCCAAAUUGGGAAUAUGAAGUUCCGUUUUCCGAUACGACAUUGUUGAUGUCAAAUAAUGAAUCUAGUACUCAAAUUGUGCAUUGUGGAGUAAGAGGCAGUCUCACUCCUCCAUGCAAUUCAGUUGGCUUUGUUGAUCGAUUUUUGCUCGGUGAAUCUCAUCUUUAUCAACGCCCUGUGUACAGAAGAACAAAGGAGUGCAGUGUAAAUUCUCCUGACUAUGGACCUUUGCCACCAGAUUCACCUGGAUGGUGCUUUGCUCCAUUUGAUCCAGAGGGCAUCUUAAGUUCGCUGAUGGCUGCAGUCACGUGUUUUGUGGGCUUGCAGUAUGGUCACAUUGCCAUACAUUGUAAGGGCCUCCUGCAUAGAGCAUUUUUGUGGUCCAUGUCUUCCCUACCUCUCCUAAUUUUUGGAUUUGUUUUGGAAGUGCUAGGUAUUCCAUUUUGUAAACCAUUGUACACAUUGAGCUAUAUGUUGAUUACAGUGGGAGCAUCAGGUUUCCUUUUUACCAUUCUUUUUUACAUAGUUGAUGUCAAACGUUUUAAAAAGCCCACAAUAUUGUUUCAGUGGAUGGGAAUGAAUGCUCUCACAAUUUAUGCUUUGGCUGCUUGUGAACUUUUCUCAGCAGCUGUUCAAGGUUUCUAUUGGCGUUCACCAGAAAACAACUUGAUUGAUGGCACAGAAUCACUACUGCAGUUGGUGUUUCAUUCAAAGAAGUGGGGAACUUUAGCAUUUGUGAUGCUUGAGAUUUUAUUCUGGGGUCUUGUUGCUGGUCUCCUCCAUAGGAAAGGCUUGUAUAUAAAACUGUAAUGUCACUAUUCACUUGUAACAUAGUGUCAAAUAGGGUUGGUAUGGUGAUGUUGUUCAGAAGUUUUAUAGCAAUGUGCAGAGCUGAUUCUUUGUCUCAUCUUUUUGUUCAUUUUCAUGAUAUUGAACUUGAAACCUUCAAUGCAAUAUUGAUGUCACCCUUAAUUUUUAGGGUGUGUGGUCUUAUGCUCAUGUAAAGAUAUUUCAGCAAGCUGCUGUAUAUUAAUACAUUAUGGAAUUUAGUGUUUGUC